AUGUCGACUACUGCUACCAUCACUCAACAGGCUGAGCGCAUUGUGCCGCUCAAUGUCGAGGCCAACAAGUACCCAGAGCCUCUCAAGGCAUCGGGAGCCCUUGACAAGUUCAAAUUUGAAGAGUCAACCCCCGUCAUCGGACGCGAAUAUCCCAAAGUCAAUCUCGUCGACGACAUCAUUAACGCACCCAACGCCGAUGAACUAAUCCGCGAUCUCGCCAUCACCAUCUCCCAACGCGGCGUCGUCUUCUUCCGCGCCCAGGACAACCUCACAGACGAACAGCACAAGCAGCUCGUCCACCGUCUCGGCCAACUAACCAACAAGCCGAAAGACUCAACUCUCCACAUCCACCCUCUUCUCAACAGCACCAAUGAAUUCGGUGUAGACGACAAUGAGAUCAGCGUUAUUUCAUCAAACGUGGAGUUCUUCCAGGAUAGAAUCAAAGAUCGUGAUGAUCGAAAGCAGGGCGCUGCAAGCUGGCACAGCGAUAUCCAAUUCGAGCAGUAUCCCGCUGACUACACGAGUCUGCGACUCACAAAACUCCCCGCCGGAGGUGGCGAUACCCUCUGGGCUUCGGGAUAUGAAUUAUAUGAUCGAUUUAGCGAUCCCUACAGGAAGUUCUUUGAGGGCUUGACGGCUACCUUUUCUGGCGAAGGGUUCUUGAGGGCGCGAGAUGCGAGACCGGAUCAUUACCAGGUUUACGAGGAACCGAGAGGAAAUCCCGCCAAUGUCGGUGAUGAGCUCAAGGCCAUUCAUCCCGUGGUUCGAACAAACCCAGUUACGGGAUGGAAGUCGAUCUUUGCGAUUGGAAACUUCCCCAAGCGCAUUAAUGAGCUGAGCGAGCGCGAGAGCAGAGAGAUCUUGGAGUCACUCUACAAGAGGAUUGAGCAGAACCAUGAUCUGCAAGUUCGCUUCAGAUGGAGAAGUCCCAACGAUAUUGCAUUCUGGGAUAACCGCAGUGCAUUCCACAGCGCGACGAAUGAUUAUGAUGGUCUUGGUGAGCGCACGGGUCACAGGGCUGUGGGCAUUGGCGAGAAGCCUUACCUUGAUCCCAACAGCCUUUCGAGGACCGAGGCAUUGAAGAGAGCUUAG